AUGUCAAUAGAAAAGUAUAAACAAAAUAAUAUUGCACCAUCUUUACUAAUACUUAAUAAAAAUUCUAGUAAUAGCUCUGAUGAUGAAGUAAAUGAAAUAGAUGAAGUAGAAGAAACAAAUAAAUGUGAACCUAUAAUUAAUUUAGAUGAAAUUAAUAUUAGUACAGAUAAUAUUAAUCAGAUGGUCCAUCCUGCUAUUAAUAAGGAUGCAAAAUAG